AUGCCGAAGGAGGACCUCAAUGAGCUUCUCAACGUGCCCGUCCCGACGCAUAGGAUCGUGUCGGACAGGGAUCGACGGACAGGGAAGGCUACUGCACUGCGUUCCCGCAUGCACCCUAUUCCAGUGACGGGUUACGACGAUAGGCCGACGGAGGUGGCGCGACGAAGCAGGAGGCAGCAACUCCGAGCUGAGAUUAUUGAGGAGCUUGAAGGUAAUAAGCCGCAUCGCCGCAGUCAUGUGACGUUUUUCCAGGUCUUGUUUGUCCUGCUAGUCGUGGGACUGGCAUGGGCGGUCUCCGUGUACGCGCCGGACUUCGCCCCGCUGAGGAGGCUGUUGGGCGGUUGGUGGCACCCCAGCGGCAACGGAGGCUAA